AUGUGUAAUGAAGAGAGCAAGAGAGCAAGAGAGAGAGAGAGAGAGAGAGAGAGUGGAGCGCACAGGAAGCGUAAAAUUAGAUUAGAGGACAGGGGAUGCCUGUUGGAGGGACUACCAUUUGUAUUUGUGGACUACGCACGUGGGCAGCAUGUUAGUACUUCAAAUCUGAACAAGGGGUCUUUCGGUGUUUAAACUCUACUUUUAGUUUAAAAAAAAAAAAAAGUCUUGCAAGACAAAGAGUCCAAAUGAGAGAAAAGGUCAAACUUCAAGAAGAGGAAAUGAAGGACUUUGCACAGUCAGCAGAUGGAGGGGUCUCUCUGGGAAAAGCGUCUCUUGUAACCCGAUCUUUUCGAUUAAGGAAUGAAAUUGUUCGCGUGGGACUCGCCGAAACUCUUUGCACAUACGUGAUGAUGGUAUUUGGCCUCGGCUCUGUGGCGCAGGUCGUGACUGGACAAGGAGCAUUUGGACAUUACAUAAGCAUCAAUCUGGGCUUUGGGCUGGGUGUCGCGCUCGGGUGUCAUGUCGGAGGCAAAGUUUCAGGCGCUCACAUGAACGCGGCGGUGUCCUUCGCCAUGUGCGUGUAUGGCCGCCUCGCGUGGAAGAUGCUCCCGCUCUACUUUUUGUCACAGCUGCUGGGGUCCUUUUUAGCCGCGGGGUCGGUUUACGCUGUGUAUUAUGAGGCAAUACAUGACUAUUGUGGAGGGAAUCUGACUGCCACCGGUGCCAAGGCUACCGCUGCUAUCUUUGCCACCUAUCCGGCCCCGUAUCUCUCUUUGUUUGGCGGAUUCAUUGACCAAGUAUUUGGUACAGCGAUGCUUCUGCUGUGCCUGAUGGCUUUGUCCGACCAGAAAAACAAACCGGCUGAAGCAGGCAGCGAAUCAACUCUCGUGGGUCUCCUGGUGCUCUUAAUCGGCAUUUCUCUGGGCAGCAACAGCGGUUACGCAAUCAACCCCACCAGAGACCUCGGACCGAGGCUCUUCACAGCCGUUGCCGGCUGGGGGCUUGACGUGUUCAGGGCUGGAAACGGUUGGUGGUGGGUGCCCGUUAUUGCCCCGAUGAUCGGAGGCGUGCUGGGCGCGGGGCUCUACAAGCUCUUGGUGGAACUUCACCAUCCUCCACGCUCGGAAAAUUGUGCUGGACCCAUUAAAACCUUAGAGGAGACGGCACAAAACACCGACACUGAAUUGCGUGUGUGAACGGUUUCCCAGCUGCCAAGGUGUAUGGAACACGUCAAGCUGUAGUUGACACAUUCCAAGGUUGUUCCGAUUGGACGACUUGCGUGUAUGUAUCUUGGUGACUCAGUUACAAUUUGCAUCGUUGAUGCAAAAGUAGCUGGUCUAACUUUCGAGUAACUGCUUGUUUAACACUAACUGUAUUACAAUCCUACCUCCUUUCA